AGGAGGAGGAGGAGGAGGUGGGCGCUGCUGCUGCUGCUCCUGCUCCUGCUGCCGCCGCCGCUGGUGCGACGACGUAAGAUCCACCUCAGCUCAACUCCCCUCGCAUCCCAGCCAGCACUUCCUCACUUCCUCGAGUGGCUGUCCGCCGCACACCGCUUGCUGCUGCCUCUGCCGCCGCCGCCUCCUCCUCCGCCGCCGGAGGGCUUGAUCGAGCCGCAGCUCGGCUUCCCCCGCUCCGGGACUGCGGGCGGGGGGCUCCCCGGACCCGCCACUCGCCGGGAGGGGCUGGAUGGUUACCCCGGGCAGGCUGGUUCCAGGAUGUUAGGGACCGUGAAAAUGGAAGGGCACGAGACGAGCGAUUGGAACAGCUACUACGCCGACACGCAGGAGGCCUACUCGACGGUGCCCGUGGGCAACAUGAACUCUGGCCUGGGCUCCAUGAACUCCAUGAACACCUACAUGAGCAUGAACGCCAUGACCACCAGCGGCAACAUGACGUCGGGCUCCUUCAACGUGUCCUACGCCAACCCCAGCCUGGGCGCGGGCCUGAGCCCCGGGGCGUCGGGGGGCGCCAUGAACAGCAUGUCGGCCAUGGGCUCGGCGCUCAGCCCCGGCGGCAUGAACGCGAUGGGCAGCCCGCAGGCCUCUCUGAACGGGCUGGGCGCCUACGGGGCCAUGGGCCCUCCGUGCAUGAGCCCCAUGGGCUACGCCGCGCCGUCGCUGAGCCGCGGCGGGCGCGACGCCAAGAGCUUCAAGCGCAGCUACCCGCACGCCAAGCCGCCCUACUCGUACAUCUCGCUCAUCACCAUGGCCAUCCAGCAGGCGCCCAGCAAGAUGCUCACGCUGAGCGAGAUCUACCAGUGGAUCAUGGACCUCUUCCCCUACUACCGCCAGAACCAGCAGCGCUGGCAGAACUCCAUCCGCCACUCGCUCUCCUUCAACGACUGCUUCGUCAAGGUGGCGCGCUCGCCCGACAAGCCCGGCAAGGGCUCCUACUGGACGCUGCACCCGGACUCCGGCAACAUGUUCGAGAACGGCUGCUACCUGCGCCGCCAGAAGCGCUUCAAGUGCGACAAGCAGCCCGGAGGAGGCAAAGCGGGACAAGGUGCCGUCGGGGGAGGAGGUGGUGGUGGCAACGGCAGCGAAGGCAGGAAAGACCCCGGAGGAGGAGGAGGAGGUUCGCCUUUGCACCGAGGCGCCAAAGGUGGCCAGCUAGAGUCCGCCCCUUCGAAUCCCGGCUCGGGCAGCCCGCAAGGCCUGGACCACAGCGGGAGCGGAGCGGAGCUGAAGCCGUCGGUGGCCUCUUCCGCCGCAGCUGCGGCGGCGGCUGCUGCUGCUGCUGCCGCGGCAGCGGUGGCAGCGGCCUCCGUGCCCCCCGGGCCGAGCCUGGCCUCUCUGGGUCACCCGGGCCACUCUCUGGGUCACCACGAGUCUCAGCUGCACCUCAAGGGCGACCCGCACUAUUCCUUCAACCACCCGUUCUCCAUCAACAACCUCAUGUCCUCCUCGGAACAGCAGCACAAGCUGGACUUCAAGGCUUACGAGCAAGCGCUGCAAUAUUCCUCCUACGGGGCCGGGCUGCCGGGAGGGCUGCCUCUGGGCAGCGCAUCCAUGGGCGGCCGGGGAGGCAUUGAGCCCUCGGCCCUGGAGCCGUCCUACUACCAAGGUGUGUAUUCCAGACCCGUCCUAAAUACGUCUUAGCUGGCAGGGACUCGAGGGCGCACCAAGCAGCAAGCUUCCUCCCCAGCAGGGCUGGUUGGUUUGGCCUCUCCCAUCCUCCCCCUUCUCCUAGAUCUCUCAGCCGAAACUGACGGUGCGUUUCCCCCAACACCAUCCCUGCGAGGCGGGGGAAGCAAAAGGAGAAGGGGGCGGAGAGCAGAAGAAAGGACUGUUACUUUAUUAUUAUUAUUAUUGUUGGUAUUGUUAUUAUUAUUGUAUCCCCCCCCCAAUGCAUAGUGUUUAUUCUAUUUUGGCCUGGAAAGUCCAGCAAAUCGCAUCCAACUCCGCAAACAGACACUGUAUAUACCGCCCACCUUCCCUCGCCAUGACCACGAAAGAAAGAUUGAUUUCCAACCUGUAAAUUAUUAUUAUUAUUAUUGGUGGAUUUCCCCCCCCUCCGCCCCACUUUAACCUUCUUCAGUGUAAUCUCAUCAGAUUUAGGACCUUAACCAAUAAAAGCAGACCUACGAAGAUGCCUUAUUCUAGUGAGUCAGAUCUCUCUCUGGCUGGCUUGCUCCUGCAAGGUCUCAAGACUGAGCUGUUCCAAGUUUUUCUCCCCAAUCCAGCCCAGCCUUUAGACAAAUAAAUAAAUAAAAGGCAGAAUGAGGUGGAACGGGGGCCUUCUCUGCAUACACAGGCCUCUCCAGAUCAAGUCCCAAAUGGAGAGGUUUAAGUUAAAUUUAAAUUAGGAAGUCCUCCAGGGACAGGCGAUACAGUGCUGAAUAUAUAAAUGCGCAUAUAUAUAUAUAUGCCAAGGGAGUCCUUGAACAGAACAGCCCCCGGUCCCACCAGAGCCUUGGGGAAAGGAAAUCUCCUAACCAACCCAGAGUUGAUCUGACCGGUUCGGAAUGGCUCCUUUGGGAGAGAUAGGUCACACGCCCAUGGACCAUAGAGCCUGAUCCUGAACCCCCCUGCCCUAACUCUGCAAAGUGACAGGGGUCGCGGCUGGAUAUGGAUGCAAAGUCGCAGGGGUCGCAGUCGUUUUAAUUUCCCCCCUCCCUCCAAGCUGUUACUCAAGCGUCUCCUUCACCGGGAAGCGCCCUGGCCACGUGGACGGCCGGGUAUUUAAUCCCAGGACCCCUUCCCCGCCGCGUGCAUUCUCGAACUAUAUCUAUCCGUAACAACAAGAAUUAUUGUCAUUCUCCUCUCCCUCCCCCGAAUAUUUUAAGAUAGAAGGGGUUCUCUCCCUCCCUCUCCUCUUCAUCAGAUCAGUCUAUGACCAGUCAUGAUUCUGCCCCUCUCGAAUUUCUCGUGGCCGCUUAAUUAUCGCCGUUGUUAGCACGUUCAUCCAGUGUUAAUGCACUUUCCACAGGUUUUUUUUACACACGAUGUUUUAGCCUAGCCAGACGGGUUGCUUCCCUUCCUCCUCCUCCCCCCCCUCAACUUCCCCUCCCUGUUCGCUUUCACGACGUCCUUAAUUUAUUUGCACGGUUUUAUUACUUUCUUUCUUUCUUUACAGCUUGAAAGUGCUUUUAAAUGACGGUUUUAAAAAAAAAAUGACACACACCAUUUUAAAGAAAAUAAAAAAAAUCUUAAUUUUAUAAUAAAUGUGAU